UUAGGCCCAUAGCACACGGCGUUUUUUAAACGCGCUGACGACGCGCAGAGAACGCGCGUAUACACGAUUCAAACGAGAUUGGAUCGCAACCUUGUAACUUAAGCACACGGGGCGAUUAUAAAACCUGCCUCUUCUGCGCGUAUACGCGCAGGUACAGCGGUAAGACGCGCUGUAGUCGCUCGUACCUUUUGCGUUUUGAUCAGAGACUCCUCUUCUUCAGUUGUACAAUGGCGUCGGUUGAGACAACACUGCUUACUUUGGCUUUAGUACUUCUUUUAAAAAGUAAAAAACGUAAAAAAAAGCGAAUUUAUUGGAUAGAUCCAUUUACGAGUGAAAAAAGAUUGAGUGGUCAUUAUCAUACAACUUUUAAAAAAUUGGUAAUACAUAGAAGAUGGAAGAAAUUUUAUAAUUGUUAUCGAAUGUCAUAUUCGUCAUUCCAAGAACUUCUUUUGAUUCUAAAACCUGAGUUAACUCGUCAAAAUACAGCAAUGAGAUCAUGUAUAUCGGCAGAAGAACGUUUGCUCAUCACAUUGAGGUAUUUAGCUACGGGUUGCUAUUUCUCAGAUAUUCACUAUGACUUUAAGUGUGGACAAACGACGGCAGGCAUCAUAGUCCGUGAAACAGUGAAAAUAAUAUGGGAUAAAUUAAAAAACAUCUGUAUGCCAGAACCAACCGAGGAAUCACAUCUAAAAACUGCUGAAGGAUUUAUGAAAUACGCAAAUUUUCCCAAUCUACUUGGGGCUAUCGAUGGGAAACAUAUCAGAGUUAUAAAACCUCAACAUAGUGGAUCAGAGUAUUUUAAUUAUAAAAAAUAUUUUUCCAUCGUAUUGCUUGCAAUAUGUGACGCAAAUUACAGAUUUAUCGAUAUAGAUGUCGGAUGCUAUGGAAAGGCUGCAGACUCAACAAUAAAUGAAUGUAGUGAAUGGACCAAAAAGAUAAGGCAAGGAAAUUAUAAUAUACCAAAUGCGAGACCAAUAUCUAAUAAUGGAGUGCCAAUACCAUUUACGUUUGUUGGAGAUGAAGGCUUUGCAUUAUCUCAACAUUUACAGAGACCUUACGCUGGAAAAAUCUUGCCACGAGAGAAAAGAAUAUAUAAUUACCGCUUGACACGUGCCAGACGAUACAUUGAAUGUACAUUUGGUAUAUUAAGCAACAAAUUUAAAAUCUUUAAUCGGCCACUGAACGUUAGCGUGGACUUCAGUGUGGCUAUUGUGAAAGCCUGUUGUGUACUGCAUAAUUUCAUACGUGAACGUGACGGUUAUAAUUUUCAUAAUUCUUUGAGUAUAGUUGGUUUAGAAGAUCCUCCUGAAGAUGCAAGUUUGAUUUCGAUUGGUGCAAGACGGUCACAGGGACAAUUAAGCGGAACUAUGAUACGAAAUAUGUACGCUGAUUAUUUUAUUAGUGAUGAAGGUGCAGUACCAUGGCAAGAUUCUAAAAUUUAGGGUACCUACCAGUAGCGUAGGGUGAAAAAAAAGAAAAGUAAAGCCAGCACAAAAAAAAGUUUACCGCGUCAAUAAACAAGACGUCAUUAAAUUACUUACAUAAAAGUUCUCAUCAAGACGAAUCAAACGAGCCCAAACUUGAUGGAAUUACUUUGUUUUAUUACGAAGAUCCUAUAGCCGACUUCCAGCUCCAUCGUCAGACCCUGGAAACUGUCUGAAGACAAAGUACUCAUCAAGACAAAUGAAACGAGCCCAAACUCGACGGAAUUACGUUGCUUUAUUACAGAGAUCCCAUGGCCACCCUCCAGCUCCAUCAUGAGACCUUGGAAACUGUCUGAAUACAAAAUACUCAUCAAGACAAAUGAAACGAGUCCAAACUCGAUGGAAGUACAUCGCUUUAUUACUGAGUUCCUAUGGCCACCUUCCACCUCUAUCAUCAGAUCAGUUCUACGUCAUACAUCAUCAUAAUAUUCCACUGUCAUGCGAUUUACACAUUUAUGCAAAAUUUCAGCUUAAUUGGAAACCGACAAGUGGGUCAAAUUUAACUUACAACAUUAUAUUGCAACGGACAAAUGAAACGAAAUAAUAUUCUUAUAAUAAAGAUUGUAAGCUAUCACAGAUCGGCUUUACCCGGCUCAUAUUAUCGACAGUGUUUGCAUGUGGUAGUAAUGUGUAUGUAUGCGUGAAUCGCAUACAUUUCAAACAUUUGAAUUCCCAUAAAUAUGAGCGAGUAAAAUCGGCACGCGUAAAAUAAUAUACGUGUGCGUUUGCGCGAUUCAAAUACAUUGCGUAUUUUGUAUUCAGCUUAUUGAAGAAUAUUUUGUGAAAGCGUGUAAUGCAAGGUGACCGUUUGUGGCAGGUUCCUGCCAUUUUGACAGAUUAAUUAAGGACAAAAAAAGCCUGGCAUAGAUUAAUAAUUUAUAUAAUUAAUUUACUGAGACUCUCAGUAAAUUAAUUA